AUGAAUACUGAUAGACCAUCUUUAUCAUUCGAAAGAAAGAAUGUUCUAUUUAGAAUACUUCAACUGGAUAAUCCUCUAUAUUUCAGAAUGGAAAUGAUUCUCUUUUUAGUUUGCUUUUUAGCUUGCCUUAUUCAAAUGAUGAGUGGAAUUCUGAGCCAUGAAUUCAAAGAUUCACAGGAUGACACUGCUCAAUAUUUUCUAGUUUUGCAGUGUAUUUUCGAAACUAUCUACUCUGCAAUUUAUGUGUUUAUAUUCGGUGGAUUUGCUUUGGUAAUAUUGCUCAGAUUUAAAACCAAAAAGAGGUCAAUUGCAACAAGUGAUGAAUUAUUUGAACAAACUGAAUUAAUUGAAACUCUGCAAGAUCAAUCAGGAUUUGAGUUGUUUGAAGAAUAUUCAAAGAAGGAAUUUUCAUUGGAAAAUCUUUACUUGUUUUUGGAAUUAAUCCAAAACAAGUCAAUUGUCAUGGGUGAUAAUUUAUCUUUGCUUCCAAUGUUUAUGGACAGGAUAAAUGAGAACUUUAUAUGCUCUGGAUCGAUCUAUGAGGUGAAUGUCCCAUCCCUUACCAAAAAUCUAUUUACAGAAUUACAUUUUUAUGUAUCCUCCAAAAGAAGUGCCUUACUUUCGUGUAAUCAAGCAUUAUUUUCACCAGUCAACGAGCCAACCUCGCCAGAAAAUCAAUUCAAUGCACUUCUAUUUGGAAACGAGCUUCACAAACAAUUGGAUGGUCUAAAUGAAGAGGAAGAACGAAUCCUCAAAGCAAGAAUCAUCACUUGUUUUGAUUCGCUCUCUCAACAAAUCAUGAUUAACAUGAAUGAUACUUUCUAUCGAUUCAUUUCCACUAGUUCUUUUAAGAAUUAUAGAAAAAAUAAGGAAAUGUUCACGUCAAUGGCCAAACAAACAAAUAUAAUGGCCUGGCAAGAUGAUGCAUAUAUUGUUUAG